GCCACACGCGAGUCGGACAGUCUACCUAAAACUCGUAUUUGACAAAGUUUUAUAACUCAAUAGAUUUAUUGAUUAAUUUUCCUUUGAAUUAUGUAGUACAAUCGAGUAAAUAGUGUUAACGAGUAAAUUUAUAUAAACUUGCUUCUUUCGCGUACAUAUACAGUGCAACAAUGACUGCAACUCCAACAGAGGACUUGUCGAAGCUGAGUAAAGCCAAAGAACCCAAUUGGCCGUCAGUACUUUUUUUCAUACACAUACAUCUUUUAUCUUUAUAUGGCAUUUGGGUAUUCAUCUUUGAAGCGAAGUUAUUGACAAUCUUUUUCUUGAUAUUACUGACUCUGAUAGCUAUAUUAGGUGUAACGGCGGGUGCUCAUAGACUAUGGGCUCAUCAGACGUAUAAAGCCAGCCUAGAGCUUCGAAUCGUUCUCAUGAUUUGUCAAACUAUGGCCGGACUAGGUCCAAUAUACGAUUGGGUACAAAAUCAUAGAUUUCAUCAUGCCUACUUUAAGACAGAUGCAGAUCCCUAUGAUACAACAAAGGGAUUUCUUCACGCACAUUUUGCUACAAGAAUAAGAUCAAAUAGCCAAUACGGAAACGCAUUGAAAAACUCUAUUGAUAUGUCAGAUCUUGAAGAAGACUCAGUUGUAAUGUUCCAAAAACGAUUUUAUUGGAUUCUAUAUGGUAUCUUAUUUCUACUGCUCCCUGUGAACGCGCCGCUAGAAUACUGGCAUGAGACAGUUUUGAGCACAGUAUUCGUGAUAGUCUUCCUCCGAUAUGCACUCUUGCUACACGCCUGUUGGCUAUUGGAAAGCGGUGUUUGCCUCUGGGGACUAAAAGAAGGCGAAAAGUACCCACCGGACUCAAACACAGUGUUCAUACUAAAUAAGACCUUCUGGCCUGAAUAUCAUUAUAUUUAUCCCCACGAUUACAAAUCAGGGGAAUACGGAACCUACGGUUCUGGAUGUACAACAGCUUUCAUACGCGUGUUCGCAGCACUUGGCUUAGCUACACAACUUUCAACAAUGGAACCAAAAACAUUACAGAAGGCACUAGCGGAGUUUGCAAGAACAAAGCGACCGUUAAAAAAGUGCUUGGAAGAUUCUGUUAGUAAACAAAAUUUACCAGAAGAUCAUUUUUUAUUAAAUUAAAUUACUAUUAAAUUAAGUAAAUUAUAUAA